UUGCCCCCUGAACGCACCCUGCGUCAGAGCGAUGGCGGCCGUGAUAAAGACGGAAGACUUCUGUACAACAAGGGCAGCAGCUUUAAGACCGCCUCAAGUGUCUCAGAAAGACGCCGACUGUGAGCGUCCAGACAGUUUAGAAGGCUGGGUGGCGGUGAAAAGCAACAUCUUCGAGGACGCCGAGGUCUUCAAGUUAGCUUUUAUCGUCCAGUGGAACGUCAUCGAGAGCAAGUUCGCGGUCACGUGUCACAACAGAACUUUACAAAGACGACAAAAAGAUGGCGAAGACAAAGUUGUUCCAACAACAACAAGUUGGGCCGCACUUUUCUCCGUGGGCGACUUGAAGUCUGUCCACCAGCAUCUGAGUGGUGUGGGCGACGUGCUGGCCUCCUGCUUCCCGGACUUGUCGCACCUGCACGCCGCCCAGGUGUGGCAGGUGUGGGACAUGUUGACCUCUGGCGGCACGCCGGAUGAACAGGAAGUGGACCUUUGUUGCCGGAAGUUGGAGAAGUACUUGGCCGCCGCCAUUGACGUGUGCGGCACGGAGAUCGUGUUGGACACGCUCUUCUCCCGCCAUGCGCGUGACCUGGAGGACUACUUUGACGACAUGCAGGAGUUGAAGAGCAAGACUUUGCACAGCGACAUGUCCAGGGCCAAAGCUCACCUGCGUCAGCUGCUGCAGAGUCACGUUAGUGCCGACAACAUGAUGGUGCUGCUGCUCAUCUACCAGCAAGAAGACCAAGUUUACCAGGACUUGGUCACAGUGGCCACCACCUUCUUCCAGUACCUGCUGCAGCCUUUUAGGGACAUGAGGGAGCUGGCCUGCCUCUACAAGAUGGACAUCCUGAAGAGUCUGGACUUGGAAGACCUGGGUCCUAAGAGGAUUGAAGUCCUGGAGAAGGAGGCGGAGGAGUGGAAGACCAAGGCCAAUGAUGCCGAGUCUUCUAUUCAGGAUCUUACCGUCACUUACUUUGCACAGACCUCCAAGGCCUUGCAAGGUAUGGUGAAGCAGAUGGAGGAGGACAAGUGUCGCUUUGGAGUGGCUGCCUGGGCUUCUGCUGCUCCAAGGCUGGAGACCCUGCAGGUGUUGCUGGCUAAAGAAGGCCUGCAGCACAUGAGAGCUUCUGAGAUGUGUCUGAGCCGCAAGAAGGAUGCCAUCAGGGAGGAGCUGGCCAGCUUGUGUGCAGGUCUGCAGGAGCAGAGGACUGGAGGUUCUCCUGCCGCCCACCAAGACCAGCAGCAGGUGGACAAGCUGGAGCUGCUCUUCUACGAAACCCAGCUGGAAGUCUACAACACCAAGUUGGAGAUCCUGAAGAAGGAGGAGCAGCUGCUGGUGGCUCAGAGAGACACCCUGCGGCGUCAGAUCCGAGAGCUGAAGGAGGAGGUGGUCUACUACGACGUGUGUGAGGAUCCAGAGGAGCUCCAGAACAUGGUCCCUCAGCAGACUGAACCUCCUGCUGUGGCUCAGCUGAGGAGACGUCUGCAGACCCUGGAGACCAAGAGAGGCCACACCUGUGCCCGGCGGGCUUACCUGCGCAACAAGAAGGAGCAGUGUGUGGACGCACAUGAGCAGAAGCAGCGGGCCGCCAAGAACACCUCCGCCCUCUUCACCCACCACCAUCAGGUCCACUUGAAGCGAGAGAAGAGGAAAGAGGAAGAGAAGAGGAGGAAGCAGUUUGUGGACCAGGAGCGAGAGAAGACUCUGAGCAGAUUAAGGUCCUUCAGAGAGAAGCGAGCGGGUCAUCAGUACUUCCUGAAGAGUCCUCAGUCCACAACAUCUUGUCCCUCCCAGCCACUCUCCAUCAUCUGCCCGGGACCUCCUCCCUCCUCCACUCCUCCUGUUCAAACACAGCCCAGACACAUCCCACCUGCACCUGGACACACCUGGACACUCCCAGCCUCCAUUCCUCCUCCUCCUCCUCCUCCUCCUCCUCCUCCUCCUCCUCCUCCAGUCAGCACUUCCUGUGAGGACACACCUAUGGCGCUCAGUGACCAAGACACGCCUCCUCCUCCUCCAGCCAAGAGGACACUGACACAAAACACAGGAAGUAUGGAUGAAGUCCUGGCGUCCCUGCAGCGAGGACAGAUCCAGCUGAGGAAGACCAAGACCUCCAUGAAGCCUCCUGCUGACCCCAGAACUUCUCUGAUGUCUGCCAUCCGACUGGGAGUCGCCUUGAAGAAGGUACCGUCCAAAUGUUGACUUCAGGUUGUCUCA